AUGGUUCACACGGGGGAGAAGACUUAUAAAAGCUUGGAGUGGGGGAAGAGGUUCUGUCAGAACCAGAACCAAAAGGUUUACACAGGGGAGAAGCCUUAUAAAUGCUUGGUCUGUGGGGACAGCUUCUAUCAAAAUGGCCACCUAACUAACCAUCAAAAGGUUCACAUAGGGGAGAAGCCAUGUAAAAGCAUGGACUGCAGGAAGAGCUUCUCUCUGAGUAGUGAACUAAAUAGGCAUCAAAAAGUUCACAUAGGGGAGGUGCCUUAUAAAUGCUUGGAGUGUGGGAAGUGCUUCUCUAACAAUAGUAGCCUAACUAACCAUCAAAAGGUUCACACAGGGGAGAAGCCUUAUAAAUGUUUGAAGUUUGGGAAAAACUUCUUUCUGAAUGGCAACCUAACUAUCCAUCAAAUGGUUCACACAGGGGAGAAGCCAUGUAAAAUCUUGGACUGUGGGAAGAGCUUCUUUCUGAGUAGUGAACUAAAUAGACAUCAAAAAGUUCACAUUGGGGAGGUGCCCUAUAAAUGCUUGGAGUGUGGGAAGAGCUUCUUUCACAAAAGUUUUCUCCGUGUUCCUCCAAGAUGCGGGAAGGAUAUCCCAUCAUGCAUCUGCACUCUGCGCAUAGACAUGAGCGCCAUCUACCCGCAGUUCUGA